ACAAAACUUUCUCCUCGCGGAGCAUCACCGACGGUCGCCAAAAGGGCAAGGGGGAGGGUUGUUUGUGAGCAGGAGCUGUCAAACAAAAAACGAUACGCCGCGCUACGAUCGUGUUCACUCUUCGUGUGUGCGUGUUUGUGUGUGUGUGACGGGGGCGCCGCGUUGGAAGUGUACUGUUGUCCGAUUAACGCCGUGGGAAUCCGGUGGGCAGGCCAGAAGCCACCAGAAAUGGACACCAAAACCGCCCUUACGUGGGUGACAAUUGUGGCGGCCGGUCUGUUCCUCCGAGCGGCCAUCUCCCUUCACUCCUACUCCGGCGAAAACCGGCCACCAAUGUACGGUGACUUCGAGGCACAGCGACACUGGCAAGAGGUGACCGUGAAUCUCCCGGUCAGCGACUGGUACCGGAACACCACGGACAACGAUCUGCUCUACUGGGGCUUGGACUAUCCGCCACUUACCGCUUACCACAGCUAUCUCGUCGGAUUGUGGGCCCGUCGGUGGCACAACGAGUCGUACGUGGCCCUGCACGAGUCGCGCGGUAUCAGCACGGACCAGCACAAACAGUUUAUGCGGAAUACUGUCCUACUGCUCGAUGUGUUGCUGUACCUUCCCGCCAUCCUGUACGCCACGUACACCAUUCGGAAGCGGCUGACAGACGAUCGGUCGGAAGUGGCCGAGUGGGUUUCCCUUACGCUUGCUGUGCUCUUCCCCGGCCAGAUUCUCAUCGACAAUGGACACUUCCAGUACAACAAUGCGUCGCUCGGGCUGUGCGCGCUUGCCGUUGUAGCGCUCGUGGAGAGAAGAACACUGGCCGGAGCGGUUCUGUUCUGUCUUGCCUUAAAUUACAAGCAAAUGGAGCUUUACCAUGCGCUGCCGUUCUUUUUCUACCUUCUGCGGGAUUGUUUCACGGGGUCGGACAAAUCCGCGACCGUGCUGGAACGCCUCACAAACGGUGUAUGCAGACUGGCAGUGCUUGGUGUGACCGUUCUGGCAACGUUCCUCGUCCUCUGGCUCCCUUGGCUGAGCUCACUCGAAGCCGUGGGCCAGCUGGUGCAUCGCAUUUUCCCCGUCGCACGUGGCGUUUUCGAGGACAAAGUGUCCAACGUGUGGUGUGUGGUGAACGUGUUCGUGAAGCUCAGGAACUUCCCCAACACAACGAUGGCACUCGUCUGCCUGCUCUGCACCCUGCUGGCCGUCCUGCCGAGUGGGUUGCAUCUGCUGCUGCAAAAGUCGCCCACCAUCCGCAGCUUCCUCUACUCGCUGGCCGUAACAGCGCUCGGCUUUUUCCUGUUCAGCUUUCAGGUGCACGAAAAGUCGAUCCUGCUCGUGGCGCUUCCGGUAACGCUGCUGCUCCCGCUGGAACCACUCGCCGCCUGUUGGUUCCUGCAGAUUGCAACCUUCAGCAUGUUGCCGCUCCUGCACAAAGAUGGGCUCACGGUGCCGUUUGUGGGUCUUUCACUGAUUUCGUUGGCGCUACUCCGGACAGCACAGGGAGUUCAAUCUUCAAUCAAAAAACGGAAUCAAUCCUUGGAUUUGCUCCAUCUACGGGGGCUUCUCCCGGAGAGUGUUGCCAACAAUGUGACGGGAAGUGUACUGGUGACACUUUUCUAUUUGUCCCUGCUGGGGCAGAUGUUGCUAUUGGUGGCCUUCCUUUGCCUUCCCGCCCCGGGCCACCUUCCAUUCCUUUAUCCGCUUGCCAUAUCGGCGUACAGUUGUGGCCAUUUUGUGCUGUUUUACAUGUACUUUAACUACAGACAGUUCUGUAGCGGAGAAGGCACCGUUGCCAACAAGCAGCCGACUAAAAUAAGUCAUAAAAACAAGGUUAAAUAAAGUGUACUUUCGAGAA